AUGCGGGAUUUCCAUCAUCCGUUUGUGCCAUAUGACAUUCAACGGCAGUUUAUGAACAAUCUAUAUGAUUGCCUAGAAGAUGGCAAAAUUGCGAUCUUUGAAUCCCCCACUGGUGACGAUGAUGAACCAGAAUGGAUGGUUGAAUUCGCCAAACGCGACUCGCGACGGGCCAUUACAGAGAAGAGACAGGAGUUUGAAGCCCGACUUGCGAAAACCAAACAGGAAGAAGAGCAUCUGAAAAGGGCAGAAUGCCAGGAACGACCGCGGAAAAAACAGCGGGUGGAGGAGCCAGAGUCGACGGGGGAGCUCAGUGACGAGAGUCAAUUCGUUCUCGAUGACUACGAUAGCGAAACAGACGAAAGGAAGAAACCGAGUAUCUCGGGCGAAUUCGAUGGCUUAUCUGCCAGCACUCUAGCAUUAUUAGAACAAUUCAAGGGAAAGCUCUCCACUCAAGGGCAAGAUGACGAAGAUGACAACGCAGUCAAGAUUUUUUACUGCUCACGGACACACUCCCAGUUAAGUCAGUUUGCUGGGGAGCUGCGGCGAGUUGCUUUUCCAUCCAGCAUCCCCAGUGCGCCCGGUUCGGAGGACCAGGACGAUCUGUCUAAGCUGGAAGAGCGGAUCAAACAUCUUUCGUUGGGAUCCCGAAAGAAUCUUUGUAUCAAUCCAAAGGUUCAAGCGCUGGAGAACAGUACUGCCAUCAACGAGCGGUGUUUAGAUCUGCAGCAAUCAGGCGUUGCUGCGGACAAGAAAUGCACCUUUCUCCCAUCCAGGAAUGAUGAGGCCUUGAAGCUUCAAUUCCGGGACCAUGCAUUGGCAACAGUUAAGGACAUUGAAGAUAUUGGCAAAGUGGGGAAGCAGAUUGGCAUCUGCCCCUACUAUGCUUCUCGCGAGGUCAUUAAACACAGCGAGAUUGUGACACUCCCAUACCCUUUGCUACUUCAAAAGUCAGCUCGUGAAGCUCUUAAUCUCUCCGUCAAAGAUCACGUGGUUAUCAUCGACGAGGCCCAUAAUCUGAUGGAUGCCAUCGCUGGCAUUCACUCGGUGACAGUGUCUUUACAUCAAUUACAGACAGCAAUCUCGCAGUUGACUACAUAUGCCCGCAAAUUCAAAACCCGCUUGAAAGGCAAAAACAGGAGCUAUCUUGCUCAAGUGAUCCGGCUGGUCAGUUCUAUAGCUGACCAUCUUCGAGGUAUUUCCGAGCGUACCAGCCCUCUAGAGGGGUCAGUUCGGUUUUCGGACCUCAUGGCGGGCAAGGGAGUUGAUCAGAUCAAUCCUUACAAAUUGUCUCGGUAUUUACAAGAGAGUAAGCUGGCUCGAAAGGUGGAUGGAUAUGUUGAGUCAUCGGAGAAAUUUCAAUCAGGUCAGAAAAGCAAAACGACCAUGCCCGUUCUCUUCCAUAUUCAGAGUUUCUUACUGCCAUUGAUGAACCCUUCGGAAGAGGGCCGGCUAUUCUAUCAAAAGCAUAACGAUGACAUGGUAUUGAAAUAUAUGCUUCUUGACCCUACUAAUCACUUCCGGGAAAUUGUCGAAGAUGCUCGAGCAGUGAUUCUGGCAGGUGGAACAAUGUCUCCAAUGUCAGACUAUGCAAACCAUUUGUUCUCAUACGUUGGUCCCGAACGACUCGGGACAUUCAGUUAUGGCCACGUCAUUCCACCCACGAACUUGGUGGCACAAUCUCUUACCCGAGGGAUCCUGGGUUCAGAUUUCGACUUUACAUACGAGGCCCGUGGAUCUGAGAAAAUGAUCACAGAUUUGGGGCGAACCAUAGCCACACUGUGUCAAGUCAUUCCCGAUGGAGUCGUUGCAUUUUUCCCAAGUUAUGACUACCUGAGCCAGGUACUGAGCGUCUGGCAAAAACCAAUUCCGAAUGGCAAUGGCCAAACGACCCUUAGCCUAAUUGAACGGAAGAAGAAAAUUCUUUACGAAUCUCGCGAAGCAGUGAAAACCGCUGAUACCUUGCUGCAAGACUACACUGAAGCUGUCGAAUCGGGGUCCGGAGCGUUGCUGUUGUCGGUGGUUGGUGGAAAGCUGUCGGAGGGUAUCAACUUUUCCGAUCGAUUGGGGCGGGCUGUUUUGAUUAUUGGCUUGCCUUUCCCUAACAUCCGCAGUGCCAUCUGGCAGGCUAAAAUUAAAUACAUUGAGGAGAAGGCCUAUAAACACGCCUCCGGAUCAGAAUCCGAGAAGAAGGCCAAUGCCUCAGCUGCGGGUCGAGACUUUUAUGAGAACUCUUGCAUGCGAGCGGUCAAUCAAUGUAUUGGACGGGCAAUCAGACAUGUUAAUGACUAUGCAGCUAUCAUUAUGUUCGAUCGACGGGAGCCCCAGCAGGCGCGAGCGUGGAUUUCAACAUCAGAGCCGGAAGUAUCCACGUCCCUUCCCCCUUCAACGCCUAAAUCUCGAACCGGUCUUGUCGAGAACACCACCGCCGACAAGAUGCCUACCCGUUUUUCGAACACCCGGAAGCACCGUGGCCAUGUGUCCGCCGGUUACGGUCGUGUCGGCAAGCACCGCAAGAGCCCCGGUGGUCGUGGUAUGGCCGGUGGUCAACACCACCACCGUACCAACAUCGACAAGUACCACCCCGGUUACUUCGGUAAGGUCGGUAUGCGCUACUUCCACAAGACCAAGCAGCAGUUCUGGAAGCCCACCAUCAACCUCGACAAGCUGUGGUCCCUCGUCCCCGCUGAGCAGCGUGACGCCUACGUGAGCGGCCAGAAGACCGACGUUGCCCCCGUCAUUGACCUCCUCCCCCUCGGUUACUCCAAGGUCCUCGGCAAGGGCCGUCUCCCCCAGAUCCCCGUCGUCGUCCGUGCCCGUUACUUCAGCCGCGACGCCGAGCUGAAGAUCAAGGAGGCCGGUGGUGUCUGUGAGCUGGUCGCAUAAGCGUUGAUUCGAUGUUUAUCUAUGAGAAGGCGGGUGAAUCGGGGCAAUCGCAGCCCUAGCUGCAUUCGGUCUUAAAGUGGAGGAUCAAAGUCUUUCUGCCUUGAGGAAGACCAUCGGAAC